UCCCUCCGACACCGUCCCCGCCGCUGAAGCGGCCACGGGAAGGCGGCUGUAGGAGGAGAGCGCACGCCAGCCAUGCUGUCCAGGAAGGGCAUCAUCCCGGAGGAGUAUGUGCUGACCCGGCUGGCCGAGGAUGUCCCGGAUCCGUCCCGCUACCGCGCCCGGGAGAGGAGGGCCCGCUUCGUGGGCAAGAACGGCGCGUGCAAUGUGGCUCACAAGAACAUCCGCGAGCAGGGCCGCUUCCUGCAGGACGUCUUCACGACGCUGGUGGACCUCAAGUGGCCCCACACGCUCAUCAUCUUCACCAUGACCUUCCUGUGCAGCUGGCUGCUCUUCGCCAUGGUCUGGUGGCUCAUCGCCUUCGCCCACGGGGACCUCGACCAGAGCACCCGGCAGCUCCACCUGCAGCAGGGCGGCGGCGGCGACGCGGGAGAGCUGGGCGGCGGAGGGGUGGACUUCGUGCCUUGCGUGACCGACAUCCGCUCCUUCACGUCGGCUUUCCUCUUCUCCAUCGAGGUGCAGGUGACCAUCGGCUUCGGCGGGCGCAUGAUGACCGAGGAGUGCCCCGCCGCCAUCCUCAUCCUCAUCGUGCAGAACAUCGUGGGCCUGGUGAUCAACGCCAUCAUGCUGGGCUGCAUCUUCAUGAAGACGGCCCAGGCGCACCGGCGAGCCGAGACGCUCAUCUUCAGCAAGCACGCCGUGAUCGCGCUCCGCCAGGGCAAGCUCUGCUUCAUGCUGCGCGUGGGCGAUCUGCGCAAGAGCAUGAUCAUCAGCGCCACCAUCCGCAUGCAGGUGGUGAGGAAGACGGCCAGCCCCGAGGGGGAGGUGGUGCCCCUCCACCAGAUCGACAUCGUCAUGGAGAACCCGGUAGCGGGAAACAGUAUUUUCCUGGUCUCCCCGCUCAUCAUCUGCCACGUGAUAGACAGGAACAGCCCUCUGUACGACGUGGCCCCGGACAACCUCCACCACCACGAGGAUCUGGAAGUCAUCGUCAUCCUAGAAGGGGUGGUGGAAACCACGGGCAUCACCACUCAAGCCAGGACGUCUUACUUGGCCGACGAGAUCCUCUGGGGACAAAGGUUUGUGCCCAUAGUGAACGAAGAGGAUGGGCAGUACUCGGUAGACUACUCCAAGUUUGGCAACACUGUGAAGGUGCCCACCCCAAGCUGCACUGCCAGGCAACUGGAGGAAAACCAGAGCAUCCUGGACAGCAUCUCCUUGUCACCUAGGGGCACUAUUAGAAAAAGGUCUGUCAGGUUAAAGCCCAUGUUUCACAUAUCUGAUGAACCAUCCUGACACACCACCUAGAUUCAGCUCCUGUAUCAGACACAGCAAGCAAACAGGGGACACCAAUGUGCCCCUCUAUUUCUGUUACUCAGAUUCUGGUUCCACAAGGUAUGUAAAGAUAUUGUUUGGUGCAAGACAAAUGUGUGAUUCAGGACAUCUAAGGAAUACUGAGCUUGAAUCAUCUCCCUUUGACUUUCUUAUUUAUUUGCACAAACACUUGGAGAAGAUAAACAAUCUGAACAGAAAGUCGCCUUUUUUAAGAAAUCAUUUUCUAUGUAUUGUUUUAUUUAUCCUCUGGCAGUGCAUAAAUUUGAUAUGUUUUUAACUGUUAUUAUAUACAAGCAUCUCAGUUCCAGUACAGUAGUUAAGUAGGCUUACUAAUAAAGAAAUAAGUUAUUAAUAUUUAUGAUAAAAAGAGAAGCUGCAUACACAAGGGUGCCUGUUUACACUGCAGUGCUUUAUGUCUUAAAUAAUUAUUUAAUUUAAUCCAUAAAUAAUAUUGCAUGGUUUCUUUUAAUUGCAAGUGAACUAGGUGAUGUAUAAUCUCAUUGGCACUCGUUAACUUUGUAAUUAAAUUCAACUGGAAUUAAGUUCAUGCCAAAAAUAUUAGACAAUAAUAAUAUAUAGUAGUUGCAGGUGGGGGUUGCAAACAGGAAAAUGAAAAGUCUUAAGUGGGUUUAUUACUCUGUCACAUCCAGCCUCCAAAUCCUACACAACACAAGUAUAAACCUUAUAAGCUUUUUAUUAGUGCUGCCUGCUACUGAAAUUGUAGGCGCAUUCAGUUUUGACUCAAUUUAAUUUGAACUAAGGAAUUAGAUCCUUUAUCUUAAUUCAAACUCAGUACCCAAUAUUGAGCCUUCUGACCUGAAUAAGUAGAACGUCAUUUUAAAAUAGUGGAAUUUUGUACAAAAAUACUUUCUAAGAUGAUUUCUAAUGUAAACAGACAAAUAAAUAAUGAUAUGCAAGCAGUAUAUAUACCAUAUUUGUUGUUGACAUACCAUAUUUGUCAAUGAAUGGCAACAGCAAGAUAAAGCAAUUUGCUGGCAACAGAGUUUGCUUGCCUGCCUGUGAUAACAAAUCUAAACCUUCAUGUGACAGCUUCAUCUAUACACUUGCAGUAAUGCUCUUUGUUUUAAUAGACAAUACAAAAGACAGCAUAGUAGAUAGUCAUUCUAGAACUUUGGAUACCCAGGAACAAAUCCCCACUCACCCAUAGGGUUCACCGGAUGACCUUGGGCCAGUCAAUACUUUCAGCCUCACCUACCUCAAAAUGUUGCUGCAAGGAGAAAAGAAAAGAGAGAAGCAUUUGUACAGCGUUGAAUUCAUUGGAGGAGAGGCAUGAUAUGAGAAAGUACAUAAAUUCUUAUCACCAUUUAUUUGGUACUGAUUAUUGGGGACGAGUCAGUGAUUGCUAAUAGAGUAUUCACACUGAACCUAAUUGUGGGAUUUACCACACCAAAAAUGAUAAUGGAACUCAACUGACAAUCUGAGACUAAAUCGGUAACUUAGCUUUUAACUAAUUUUAUCCAAACAGAUGCAAUGAAAUUAGAUCAAAUUAAAUCAAAAUUCUUCAAACAGAUCUUAUUUAAGUUACCCAACUGAGUUACCCAAUAUCAAGUUACGGAUCAUAUAUGUAUUAAUCAAAAAGAGGAUAUUACCUUAUUUUACCAAAUAAAACAGUGUAGGAAAGGGAACUGUAAUUCCAAAUGUGAAGUCUUAAAUGCAUGUUACAUGAGCAUGUAUGUACCUUUUAAUACAUUUGCAUGCUUUUAAGAUAUUUGCUACACAAGCAAGUGUGGCAUAGCUGUGCAGCCUCUGCACAAUAUCUAAACAGAAACAGUAUGUGGCAUGGAAUAAAGCAGCAAAACAAAGUUAAUGGUUUUAUAUACUGGUAACAGGAAAAAUUAAAAGCUAAACAUAUUUUUUUAAAAAAAAUCAGUAGUGCUAAAAUGCCUGUUAUUAUGAUCACAUUGUUUAAUACAGUUGAGGAUUGUUUUGAUAUCUCACCUUUAUUGUUUGCGACAUCUGUAUAAUUUCUUCCAGCGAAGUGCUCUUAAUCUCCCAUAUGAUCUUUACAGCCUGCCUCUACUUAUCCUUGUUUAAUUGUAAAAAUGCCACACAGAUUUUGUUGAUUUCAAAUGAAAGAAAAUUGCUUUCACUCCCUAAAAUGCCCAUAUUCAGCAUCAAAGUGAUGUUUGUAAGGUAUACUGAAACGUAGCUUUAACAUCUAGGCUGCAAUUCAUUAACCCAGAACACGGGUUUAAAUUUAUUUUGAACUGCUGAUUGGGACAAAACAGGUUGGAAUCUAACUGCACAUGCUUUGCCAAUUUGUGGAAUUGGUUUGCAUGCUGAGAGACUAGGGAGGUUGCCUUUAGUGGUACUCUAAAAUGUAAGAGGUUGCUAAAUUGUUGCUGAGUUAAACAGUGAGGCUCUAAAACAGCCAUUAAAUCAAGCAUGUGAUAUAAUUCUCUUAUAGGUCUGGAUGAGGAUGUGCAUGAGCCUAUUCAUGCAACUCUUUGUGUCUCCAAUUGCUUGAAGAAAUCUAUAUAUUCAUAGAUUCCCUUUGUUCUGUAUAUCAUUAGCUGGGGAACAAGGAAGGAGAAAUUUAGAGUAAUUGCUCUCAGGGCCCAGUGCUACUGAGGCUGUCUUUGCAAGAGACCUGGCUUUGUAUAUUUGCAGAAUGACAGAUGGCCAAAGAAAUGGAUAGUCAAAAAUAUUAUGACAGACAGGAAUAACAUUUGGGUCAUCGCUGAAUUUAAAAUUUCCAUUCUCUUCCUGUCAUAUGUUAAAGAAAAAUGCAAAACUAUGACAAAGUAUGUUAAUACACACCUUGCUUCCCUUUGUUAACAAAUAAGUUGAUAACUUUAGUAAGUCCCACUGAAAUCAGUGGGGCCUACCUCUGAGCAGAUAUGUGUAGGACUGCCCUGUUAAUUAAACAGCAAUAAAUUUAUUCCUUAUGAA